GACGCUAGCGUAUACUGAGUUGAACACUACUCUCCUCGAGGCCUGCCGGGUUGGAGAUGUGGCUCGAGUCAAGAACAUUUUGUCUGAUGGCCGGGCAAAUAUCAACUCAAUGGAGAAGAACAACAUGACACCGGUGAUGCAUGCUGCAAGGGGGGGACAUGAAGAAGUGUUUGACCUACUUGUCCGAGAAGGUGCCAACCUGUCUUUAUUGGAUGAUUGGGACAUGAACAUUCUUCAUUUAGCUAGUAUUGGGGGAAGUGUUGACAUCGUCAAGUAUGUCCUCGUACAGAAAAUUGUGGGCAUCAACAGUCGGGAUAAGGACGGGUGGACACCAGCAAUGAAAGCAGCAUUAUACAAAAACAAAGAUGUCUUUGACUUACUUGUGGAAGAAAGGGCCGAUCUGUUACUAGUGGGUGACGACAAAGAAACCAUCCUUCACGUGGCCUGUCAAGGGGGUAAUGUUGAAAUAAUUCAGUACCUCCUGACACAAGACACUGUGGGCAUUGACAAACAAGAUGAAAACGGUUGGACACCAGUCAUGCAUGCAGCCAAGGGUGGUCAUGAGGCUGUGUUUGACGUCCUUGUUGAUAAAGGAGCAGAUCUGUCACCAGUGGAUGGCGACAAAGAAACUAUCCUUCACGUGGCCUGUGAAGGGGGUAAUGUUGAGAUAAUCAAGUACCUCCUGAAGCAUGACAUUGUGAACAUCAACUGUCAAGAUGGGAAAGGUUGGACACCAAUAAUGCAUGCAGCCAUGUCUGGACAUAAGGGUGUGUUUGACGUUCUUGUUGAAGGAGGAGCAGAUCUGUCACUAGUUGGUGACUACAAAAUGAACACCCUUUACGCUGCCUGUAAAGGGGGUAAUGUUGAGAUAACCCAGUACCUCCUGAAACAUGACAUUGUGAACAUCGACUGUCAAGAUGGGAAAGGUUGGACACCAAUAAUGCAUGCAGCCAUGUCUGGACAUAAGGGUGUGUUUGACGUUCUUGUUGAUGAAGGAGCUGAUCUGUCACUACUGUGUGACGACAAAGAAACCAUCCUUCACGUGGCCUGUGAAGGGGGUAAUGUUGAGAUAAUCAAGUACAUCCUGAAGCAUGACAUUGUAGACAUCGGCAGUCGAGAUGCGAACGGUUGGACACCAUUAAUGUAUGGAGUCAGUAAUGGAAAUGAGGAUGUGUUUGACGUUCUUGUUGAAGCAGGAGCAGAUCUGUCACUUGUGACUAAUGACAAUGAAACCAUCCUUCACGUUGCCUGUGUAUGGGGAAGUUUUGGGAUAACCAAGUACCUCCUGACACAUGAAAUUGUGGACAUCGACAGUCGAGAUAAUAAUGGCUUGACGGCAGUAAUGGCUACAGCCAUGGGGGGAAGUAUAGACGUGUUUAAAUUACUUGUGAAAUGGGGAGCUGAUCUGUCACUACUCACUGAUACCAAUCAAAACAUUCUUCAUUUGGCCUGUAGCCACGGCGGUGUUGAAAUAGUCAAGUACCUCCUCACACACAACAUUGUGGAUAUCAACAGUCGGGAUGGGAAAGAAUGUACGCCUGCAAUGAUUGCGGCAUAUAAGGGACGUGAGGCUGUCUUCUUCUUACUUGUUGAUCAUAGGGCUGAUCUAACAAUUAUGAAUGAUGCUGGUGAUAACAUCCUAAAUCUGGCGUGUAAUGGAGAAAAUGCACAUAUCGUCAAGUAUGUUUCCACACGACACGUUGUUGAGGGGCCGUACAAGGAGGACGAUCCAUGUUAA